GAUUACUGAUUAUCACAGCGCCAGCGAACAGCAGGCGGCUGGCGGAGACUGGAGAGUAAAACGUCACUAACCCCUGAGACUCGACAUGGAGAACACAUACGUUGUGCUGCACGGCCUGAAGGACCUCCGCUUGGAGACGAAGCCCAUCCCACCUCUCGCUGACGACGAUGUGCUCGUCCGCAUCAAGAAAGUGGGUCUGUGCGGAACUGACUUGUCAAUGGUGUACAAGGGAAAAACUGCCGACCUGAAAGUGGAGUACCCCACCGGUGUGGGACACGAGGUCUCAGGAGUGGUCAGCCAGUGCGGCAAAAACGUCACGCAUGUAAAGAUUGGUGACCGCGUGACCAUAGAGCCCGGCAGCUUCUGCCGCCAGUGUGACCUGUGCCUUGCUGGGAAGUACAAUGUGUGUCCCAAGUCAAGCUUCCACACAGAUGUUGCCCUCUACCCAGGGUGCCUCGCUCGCUACUUCAAGUACAAGGCUCACCUCAUACACAAGUUGCCGGACUCCGUCAGUGACGAGGAGGGCGCCGUGGUGGAGCCACUGGCUGUCGCUGUGCACGCCUGCCGCCGCGCCGAGGUAUGGACAGGGUGCAGCAUGCUGGUGACUGGCGCGGGGCCCAUCGGCCUGUUGUGUCUCGUCACCGCCAAGGCUUUUGGUGCCACCAACAUCCUGGUCACUGAUAUCAAGGAGAGCCGCCUAGCGAUAGCCAAGCAGAUGGGCGCGAACCACACCCUGCUGGCAACCUCUGGUGACGCCCAGAGCCAGGCCCAGCAGGUGCAGCAAAUGAUGGGCUGCCAGCCAGACAUCACCAUGGAGUGCAGCGGCACUAAGGCGGGGCUCACCCUCGGGAUCUACGCAACAAAGUCACGCGGGAAGCUGGUGCAGGUGGGGCUCAGCGGCCCUGAGGUUACCAUUCCCCUAGUACACGCCGGGGUGCGGGAGGUUGACAUCAUAGGCGUCUACCGCUACUUGAACUGCUUCCCCAUCGCCAUCGACCUGCUGGCCAAGAAGCUGGUGGACGUGAAGCCUCUCAUCACGCACCGCUUUAACUUUGAGGAGUUCCAGAAGGCAUUCGACAUGUUCCACUCGGCAGAGGACGGCGCCGUCAAGUGCAUGAUCUCAUGCUAACGGAGCUGCAACAACGACCAACUGAACAGCUGUGUCCUUCAAAGUGCCAUUCUCUAUUGAAACAUUAAUAACCCGUGUAUUAGUAAAGCCUUCACUGGGCAUUCUCUCCUGUUGUACAUCAAACAUUCCACCCUGUAGCUCUGAGAGAGAAAUAAAGUUCAAAUCAAAA